AUGCUGUCACUUCUACUGCUUCUGGGAGUGAUUGGCCAGGUUGUGGGAGCUGCAUGCCCAUAUGGGGGUAUACAAGCUUAUAACCCAAACCAGUGCUACAUAAUUUCGAAUAUCGAAACCACCUGGACAUCGGCAGAAAGCAUAUGCGGCUACCUGGGAGGCCAUCUGAUUUCGAUACAAUCGGAUUCGGAAAAUGACUAUGUGGCUCGAGUCCUUCAGGCGAAUUCCUACACAUCAUUCAGCGAUAUCUACAUUGGUGCGUAUGUAAGUGGUGGAACGUGGAAAUGGAGUGACUACACAGUCGAAUUUGCUUACGCGAAUUUCAAAGGUGCAGUAACUGUCGACACGGAUGAUAUCGGUUCAAUGAUUCUCAGUAGAGCAAAUUUUGGUCAAUGGAAUAUCCUGUCAUCCAGUUACCUUCCUAAACCACAUCCAUUCGCUUGCCAGGUUCCCGAUUGUUACUUCAAUGCGGAAAGUCGUCGUGAAAGCUUGAAAAAGUUAUUGGAGACGGCAUAUUACGACAGCACAACUUCAUACUACUACUUUGGCACCCCUGCACAGAUGAUGGUUUUCUCCGACGCAGAGCAUGAAUGUAUGAAGAUAGGCGGCCACUUGCCAUCCAUUUCAAACGCCUACGACAACGCAGCGGUCCAGACUGCUGCUUACAGUUGGUCCAUUUCCUUCUUUACCAUCCUUUCGGAGGUUUUGCAGUGUAUUUUGAUGAAAAAUCCUCGUUUGACCAUGGAAUUUCAUAUAUUACUUACCUAA